UAUCUUAGACAGAACAUGGAGGGUAAAUCUGUUGGGGAUGUUGAUGUGCCUUAUUCUUAUAUACCACAACUCGUUUCCUUUUUAAAAGUCCAAUCUGCUUUUGUUUCUCCAGAUCCUUCUCCUGCUGCUGCUCCUACCAGCCCAUCUCUGCCCAUCUCAGAGAGCUCUGAUGACCCUACAUCUUCUAUGGUCCUCCCAGCUCAGCCAGCACCACCUUCAGAGUCACUCAGCCCUGAGAUUGCUGCCUGUCCGGAGGAUGGUGGCCAGCCAGUAGUCCCCACAAGUUCAGUUGUUGAGGCUCCCAUCACUGGUGCCUCCCCAGAGCCAGUUCCACAGGCUCUCGAAGCAGCAGUAAAACCUGUCACAGCCACCCAGGCAGCACCUUUGCCUGUCUCAGUGAAAGUGGAGCCCACAGUGGUCUCUGAACCACAGCCUCCACUCUCUCACUCUGAUAACACUGCCUCCUCCCAGCCUGGUCCUGUAGAAACGGGAUCUCUGGAGGAUAACCCAUCUCAUACAGUCCUGUCUGAAACCACUCUCACCUUGCCUGUGUCAGAUCUAAAGCCAGCCCUGUCCCAAACUGAAUACACCCCCACCGCUGCUGCCCCUGCCUCGGUCCAGGCCCCUGAGAAAGGUCCGGUUCAGGACGCCACGCCACCAACAGCCAAAGUGAUCUCCUUCCACCAGAGGCCAGUAGAGGACUCUGAUCCAACUGCAACUCAGCGAAGAGUUGAAAACAUUGACGGGAAGCGGGAACUUAAAGCUCUCCUCCAGGUGACUGCAGACGACCAGCACGCCGUGCCGCCUCAGAGCCCCCCCGAGAGCCGUCACUUCUCCCCGGUCACGACACCAGCCUCGUCCCCGGGGCAUACCUCCAUGGAUGAGGAUAACUGGGAGCUCAGCAAGCCUGACGUUCUCCUCAGUGAGAACCAGCCAUACUCAGGAGGCUCAUGGCUUCUGCAGAUGGAUAGCCGGUCAGUGUUGGACCCUGAGCCGGCUGCUGUGACGAGUCCUGCUCCUGUGACCUGUCCUGCUGCUGUGACCUGUCCUGCUGCUGUGACCUGUCCUGCUGCUGUGACCUGUCCUGCUGCUGUGACCUGUCCUGCUGCUGUGACGAGUCCUACUGCUGUGACGAGUCCUGCUGCUGUGACGAGUCCUGCUCCUGUGACCUGUCCUGCUGCUGUGACCUGUCCUGCUGCUGUGACGAGUCCUGCUGCUGUGAUCUGUCCUGCUGCUGUGACUUGUCCUGCUGCUGUGACUUGUCCUGCUGUGGUCCUAGACCACUUGUCUAGUGUUCCAGGACCUCUGACUAGUGUAACGCCUCUGCCAUGUCAGGAGCAUGAGGAACACGUGUCCCGUAACGAGCCUGAGGAGGACACGUACCAGGAGGUGCUGAUCAAUGUAAUUCAUGUGUCUGAGGACGCGUACAUCCAGAAUCAGGAAGGCCAAACACAGAGCAUGCUGGGUAAUAAGGAUGCAGGUGUGUCUGAAACCCUCCCACCAGUUCAGAACCACAACAGCCGAUCGCAGAUCACACCUCUCUCUGGAUCUACAGAACUUGAGCUGUCGUCUGGUCCGAACCGGCACGACCAAGCUGAGGACAGUCUGGGGAAAGCAGUUAGUAAGUCUGACGACUCUCGGGAUCUGAUUAUGAUCGUUAACGGCCAAGCCGCCAGCCCCUCAACCAAACAUCCUGAUCCUCCACCUCCAGCCACUUCUCCUUCUGUCACCAUCGUCAACGGCCAAGCCGACAGCCCCUCAACCAAACAUCCUGAUCCUCCACCUCCAGCCACUUCUCCUUCUGUCACCAUCGUCAACGGCCAAGCCGCUAGCCCCUCAACCAAACAUCCUGAUCCUCCACCUCCAGCCACUUCUCCUUCUGUCACCAUCGUCAACUGCCAAGCCGCCAGCCCCUCAACCAAACAUCCUGAUCCUCCACCUCCAGCCACUUCUCCUUCUGUCACCAUCGUCAACGGCCAAGCCGCAAGCCCAUCAACCAAACAUCCUGAUCCUCCACCUCCAGCCACUUCUCCUUCUGUCACCAUCGUCAACGGCCAAGCCGCCAGCCCCUCAACCAAACAUCCUGAUCCUCCACCUCCAGCCACUUCUCCUUCUGUCACCAUCGUCAACGGCCAAGCCGCCAGCCCCUCAGCCAAACAUCCUGAUCCUCCACCUCCAGCCACUUCUCCUUCUGUCACCAUCGUCAACGGCCAAGCCGCCAGCCCCUCAGCCAAACAUCCUGAUCCUCCACCUCCAGCCACUUCUCCUUCUGUCACCAUCGUCAACGACCAAGCCGCCAGCCCCUCAACCAAACAUCCUGAUCCUCCACCUCCAGCCACUUCUCCUUCUGCCACCAUCGUCAACGGCCAAGCCGCCAGCCCCUCAACCAAACAUCCUGAUCCUCCACCUCCAGCCACUUCUCCUUCUGUCACCAUCAUCAACGGCCAAGCCGACAGCCCCUCAACCAAACAUCCUGAUCCUCCACCUCCAGCCACUUCUCCUUCUGUCACCAUCGUCAACGGCCAAGCCACUAGCCCCUCAACCAAACAUCCUGAUCCUCCACCUCCAGCCACUUCUCCUUCUGUCACCAUCGUCAACUGCCAAGCCGCCAGCCCCUCAACCAAACAUCCUGAUCCUCCACCUCCAGCCACUUCUCCUUCUGUCACCAUCGUCAACGGCCAAGCCGCAAGCCCAUCAACCAAACAUCCUGAUCCUCCACCUCCAGCCACUUCUCCUUCUGUCACCAUCGUCAACGGCCAAGCCGCCAGCCCCUCAACCAAACAUCCUGAUCCUCCACCUCCAGCCACUUCUCCUUCUGUCACCAUCGUCAACGGCCAAGCCGCCAGCCCCUCAGCCAAACAUCCUGAUCCUCCACCUCCAGCCACUUCUCCUUCUGUCACCAUCGUCAACGGCCAAGCCGCCAGCCCCUCAGCCAAACAUCCUGAUCCUCCACCUCCAGCCACUUCUCCUUCUGUCACCAUCGUCAACGGCUCCUCCACUGAUAACUGUCCUCUCCCGGAGGCUGUGGAGGCAGAGGUCAUGCUCAAGGCCAUGAUGGCUAGCGUUGUCCCUGAGCUGAAGCAGAAACAGGAGGGGGAGGGAGCCAGAAGAGGAGGGGGAUACCACUUCCUGGGGGAUACCACUUCCUGGGGGAUACCACUUCCUGGGGGCUGCUGUCCUGGGUGUCUCGGCCCUGUUCGUAGCCUGGAGAAGGAAGAAUUAAGGGUUUUGGGAAAGAAGGAUGUUGUGUCUGAAGUUAGUCUGUCUGUGAUUCUAUCUCCUUGCCUCCUGAUCAGCCUUAUUGGAAGAGAGGUCCCUCUCCUCUGAUUUUCUUCUGCAAUGAGAUUUGAGAAGGUGAGGAGAGAGGAUCUGCAAAUCAAAGAGAGAUUAAUGGAGAAAUAGCUGAAUUGCUGUGAAAAGAAGGGAAGAUUGUGGUUCAAAAUGUUAAGAGAUUAUUGGCACAGUGCUUUAUUGUGUUGUUAAUAAUGAAGGUGCUGAAAUUAAGUAUUUAUAGGUGACCGAUAGCAGCACUUAUCCAAGACUUUGAUCGACAGUCUAAAUCAAAUCAAAGUUUAUUUGUCACAUGCACUGAAUACAACAGGUGUAGUAGACCUCACAGUGAAAUGCUGAAUACAACAGGUGUAGUAGACCUCACAGUGAAAUGCUGAAUACAACAGGUG